AAUCAAACCUCAUUUUGCUGAAUCGGAUAUUUGAUUAGAAAGUCAUCUUUCAGUCACUGGAGUUGAUCAGUUAAGAAGUGCAUCCACAUGGCGAUCACGUUCAAGAGGCGUCCCAUUUGGAUCAAGAAAAGGCUUCAUCUUCUGAACCAAGCGGGACACCAAAGCUCCUCGCUCUUCUCAAAGGGGGGCUAUUUCAAGGCUUUGCUUUACAUCGCUUCCAGGAAAUACGUAGAAUUAUUCUAAAAGAAAUAAACAAAAGCCAAUUUUGUGGUUCAAAGUGUGUAUUGGACUUAAACAAAAUUUAUUUAAAAAAACAACAACUAAUUAAGAUGUUAAAAAAUAUAUCAUUUUACUGAAGACACUUUUUUUUCAAAUCUUGGCCUACGCUGAUUAAGUGCAACCCUUAAAAGAAGCAGCUAUUGCCGAUGAAUCUACAUAAACUUAUAUGCUAUGUCACAUGGACAGUGGCACUUUCUUUGACCUAGUUGUUCAAGCUGGGCUGUCCAGUCGGCUAAACAAAGUCCUAACACCAUGGCGAUGUUCCAAAACGGGGAGAGUAACUACUCCAUCGUCGGGGCCACUACGUCCAUCAGCCCCACUACAUUUUCUUACGGUAAUUCAACUUUUGAUUACAUAGAAGAGCCUGAGGGUGCCCUUAAGCGACUCUUUGACGCGUACCACCCUAUUCACGGCUACCUUGCGCCGGUGAUAUGUGUGCUGGGCAUCAUCGCCAACUGCCUGAAUAUCGUCGUCCUCACCCGCAAGAACAUGAUAUCUCCAACCAACGUCCUGCUGACUUGGUUGGCCAUUUCCGACGGCCUUACAAUGAUGGCCUACCUUCCUUUCGUGAUACUCAACUACCACAUUUACAAAGGUGAACCGUCUCCUCUAAGCAAUGCUCGCUUCAUCAUGUUUUUCGCCAUCUUCAGCGUGGUCGUCCACAGCAUUUCGAUCUGGCUGACGGUCUCGUUGGCGGUGUUUAGGUACGUCUUCAUCAGGUACCCGCGCAGGGGCGCCAAGCUGUGCAGCACGUACAGGGCGAAGCUCACCGUCUUUAUCGUCUGCGUGGUCGUCACCAUGGUGUGCAUCCCCAACUCCGUCAGCUAUGAAUUCAAGAACAGUGGGUCGGGCAACACAACGUCCUGGUUCAUUGAAAUCAAAUCUGACACGCCGGGCUUUCAGUUUCUAAAGAACUUCAAUCUUUGGAUCCAGGGUAUUCUCCUCAAGCUGCUCCCUUGCCUCUUGCUGGCCAUCCUCAGCAUACUGCUCAUCAAGCAGAUGAAGGACGCCGAGAAAAGACGAAAGAAGCUGAUGAACAAGAACAGCUCCAAGCUGGAAGACGACUCCAGACGUCACCGCAAAACCAACCGGACCACCCGCAUGCUCGUGGUAGUGGUGGUCCUCUUCGUCCUGACGGAGACCCCUCAGGGAAUCCUCCAACUUCUCGGGGGCAUCAUCGAAAGUUUCUUCAUGAAAGUGUACAGCCCCCUCGGGGACAUCCUGGACAUCCUGGCCUUGUUCAACAACGGUAUUAACUUUGUCCUCUACUGCACAAUGAGUAAACAGUUCCGGGAUACGUUUAUUAAAAUUUUCCUCAGUGACAUCGUCAAGGCCACGAGCAUUAGGAGUGAGACUCAACUGAUGACUGCGAGGACCACGCGAGUGUCUGAAGUUUGAAAAACAUUGAAAUGAGCCUUGCUGUUGAAUUAGUAAAUAAUUUAUUGAUAACAGUGUAACAUAAAAACUCUUUAAGUUAAGAUCAUAUGAACUGUAUAUAAAACCAAAAGCUCAUUACGGAUCAUAUUCGCUGUUAUUAUAUUACCAAGUAAACUCUUAUAUUACCUAUUUAUAGUCCUAAUAAUUAGUACAUUACCUAUGAAAAUAAUAACAUAUAAUAUUACUCAUAACAUAGUUAUAACAUUUCACCUCUUUAAGUGUUGUAUAAAAUACAAUUUCACAAAACAUAUCUUUGUGGAAAGAAUGUUGAGUCUUCGAGUCUGAAUAUUAAUUAGGUGUGGCUACGUAGACCUAGCCGUGACCCAAUGUUUUUGCCCCAUUCAACUAAGACCAAUUCGUUGUCUGCGGAUGGACUAUUUAAGGUCACUUUUCGCCCUCUACGCCUUUUUUUUGACAGUAGCUUCCCUUUUGGUCUCAACACUGUAUAGCCUUUGAUAUGACGAGAUCCCCUCUGAGCGUCAUUGACUUGACUAAGUAAGCCGAGAUGUCGUAAGGAAACGCAGAGACAACAAACACUUCCUGGCGCGAGGCUAGUGUUGUUGGUCGGUCGUUGGACAGAGGCUUCGGGCAGCACAACUAAACCGAUGUGGCGUAUUACAUUGUCAAUGAAAUAAACUUGAAAUAACUUGUACGGAUUUCUUUCUUGAAAAAAAAAAUGCUAUCUAACUUUUAUUAACAAUAUACAAAGAUUCAACUUGAGAUGAAAUAUAAAUCUAGUAAAAAUAAUAUGAAAUGAUAUUUAAAACAAAGUCUAACCCGCUACAAAAACAAAGGCCUUACUAUUUUAAGUCUCAGGGUCUUCUGCCUCUUGACAAUUGAAUUACGACAGACCCUACUGGAGUUUCAUCAUUCUGUCCUGCCCAAAACCAGAAGCACACUACAGUGACCAAAAUGGAAGUCUACAAGGCAUGCGUUAUGAGUACACUACUGUAUGGCAGUGAAUCAUGGACCACCUACGCAAAGCAACAGAGAAAAUUAAAGUCAUUCCAUGUCUCCGUAUGAUCUUAAAAAUCACAUGUAAAGAAAAAGUGUGCAAUACUGAGAUCCUUGCGCGAACAGGUAUUCCCAGCAUCUUUACAGCCCUCAGACAACGCCGUUUGCGCUGGCUUGGACAUGUUCGCCAGAUGGAAGACAAGCGCAUCCCGAAAGUAAUCCUUUACUUAUAACUCGCGACUGGCUCAUGAAAACCUGGUCGCCCCCACCUCCGUUACAUAGAUGUAAUAAAACGGGACCUCAAAUCAGUGAACAUCAAUACUGACCAUUGGAAAGACAUAGCUCUAGACCGCACCAGAUGGAGAGAGACAGUGACCAAGAAAACUAUGGACAGUGAAAGUACAUUGGUCUCGGCUCAGGAAGAAAAACGCACAAUCCGAAAAACGGCCAGCUCCUCUACCACCAAAGCAAAAGCCACCUUAACCUGCGCUAUCUGUGGACGGGAGUGUCUCUCCAAAAUAGGGCUCCACAGCCACAUGAGGAAGUGUGCGAGAUGAACCAUAGUCGUUCUACGACUGAAGUAGGCCAACCUGCCCAAAAAACUAUCACUAACUUUCUCCGUUACCUUGGAAACACACCCUCCAUAAUAGUUAUAAAACUAGUCUUGCUGUUUACUGACACAAGAAUGUGGGUUUUAAAAGAUCACUUUUGUCCUUUUGUCCUGCACUGUUCACAUGACACUUCCUUGGACAUAGUGGAGAGCUUGCAUUUAUAACAAAUCAACGUCUCAUUUUCAACUUUCUCAAAUUAAACAUUUAAUUAUUAAUAUAUCACUACAUACUUAUGUCUCUUUACAAUGCUAGAGAAAAUUUACCACUUGAGUUUAAUUGCCUUUUGAUUUGUACUCUCUAAUAUUAGUUUUCAAAUUACCUUUGAUUACCUAAAGAAAUUAUUUUUAGAGGGUGCCUCAUCCAACUAAUACUACCCCCCCCCACCCUGCCUCUCCGUCGGUGAGAUGAAAUACAAUCUAUUGCUUCGUUCCAGUCACGUGAUCAACAUGCAAAACAUUCAGAACAAAAGGCAAGUCAACAUGCGAGUGUAGUCCUCCAACAGUAACCUAGUUAUCUUCUCUUUCUAUUUCAACACUUCAUUUUUUAAAUUUCCAACGGGCCCAAGUUUCCCUUUU